GCUUAGUAGGUGCUACAUGCAGCCUACAGACUACCGCGUUGCACAAGAAGCAGCCGGCUUCUACAGCAUCCGCUGUCUGACUUCCAAGUGGGGGCUCGAGCAGAACAGGGGAACAGGGACCAAGCGCAGUCGCGCCCCUCACUACGAUGGGGACGGGCUUUACCGACUUUGAUGCCGGCCAUCGCGACCUGGUCACGGUCACCAAGUUCAAUUUCUACGGGACGCGCAUAGUAACGGCAUCCUCGGAUCACCGAUUAAAGGUCUGGGAUCAGAAAGACGGAGAAUGGCAGUUGACUGACACAUGGCGCGCGCAUGACGCCGAGAUUCGCGAUGCUGCUUGGAAUGGGCCUUUUACCGGCCAGCACAUUGGCAGCGUGGGAGAAGAUAUGAGAUUGAAGAUCUGGCAAGAAGACGUGACGCAACCUCCUAACUCGGGGAGGCGCUUCAAGUCGAUCUACCGGCUAACAGCACCGCAUCGCGUCCCCUUUGUGUCUUUAGACUUCCGAAAUGUCGACUUGGACACAUGGUUAGCUCUGAUUACCCGGGAUGGAUAUCUGAUGGUGAUGGAGCCCGUCAUGCCUGACAGCUUGGUGGAAUGGCAGGCUCUGGACCAAUUCCGAGUUUGUCCAGCACCGCAGCGAGGAGAAGAGACCAGCUUCCAGGUGCAAUUCCACCACGACGCCUUUGAUGUCACACACCCAUUGAUGCCUGAAGGGGACCGCAAAGGCCUGUCACUCGUGGUGGCAGCCAUGAAUACCGUGAAGAUCUAUCGGACGGACGCGAGUCGUCGGUUCUACCAUGCAAUCGAGCUGACGGGACAUGGCGGUCUGGUCCGGGAUAUAUCGUGGGCCAAUGGCUCGGUACGUGGGUUCGAUCUCAUUGCCAGCGGCUGCAAAGACGGUUAUGUUCGCAUCUUUGAAGUGUAUACAUCUUUGUCCAACUCGGGAGCGCAUGCCAAUCACCGGCAGUCACAGGCAUCAGCACUGUCGCCUUCCCAGCGUGCUACAGUGCAGUCGGGAAUCAGCAGUGCUCUUGCGAAUCGGGCUCCCACGACCUCGUCGCACCGGCCUGCGGGGGGCGACACCCCAUUCAAACACGAGUUUAAAGAGGUAGCGUGUAUCGACAGCCGACACCUUGACGUCUGGCAGGUGCAGUUCUCAUUUGCGGGUAUGUUUGACAUUUCUCUGUAUUAUACAUUAUACCUGUUGCUGACUUUUUCAGGUGACUGUUUAAUAUCGUCUGGAGAUGACGGCGCAGUGCGGUUUUGGAAAAAGGCGAUUUCAGGCGAAUGGCUCGAGUUUGCGGAGACCGAUAUGAGCGACGAGCUUGUGAGCUGAUACGAUUGAUGGAUGAUUCCCGCAGGAGUUUGGUAAGGAUCAAUUAAUAACGCGGCUUGGUUGCCUGAUGAUACCCUCGACGGCUAUUGUGCACAUUAUAUAUAUCAACAAGAAAUGAAUUGAAUAUUCCUCCUACUCAGCACUCCAUAAUACCAAUUGAUCCCUAAUCCAUUAAUUGACGUAUUGAGUCAUGCGUCCUGCCCUGUG